CCUAAGUGUUUUCAGCUGCUCUCAGCAACAAAAUGGCUUCUCACUCAGAAAAGGAUCUCUCCUGUCCUGUCUGCCACGACAUCUUCAAAGAUCCUGUUCUUCUGUCAUGUAGCCACAGCUUCUGUAAAGACUGUGUCCAGAGAUGGUGGAGAGAGACCCUUAUUCACAAGUGUCCAGUUUGUAAGAAAACACCUUUGUUGAAUGAUCCACCUUGUAACUUGGUGUUAAAGAAUCUGUGUGAGACCUUCUUACUGGAGAGAGAUCAGAGAGCUUCAGCAGGGUCUGAGCCUCUCUGCAGUCUGCACUCUGAGAAACUGAAGCUCUUCUGUCUGGACCAUCAGCAGCCAGUGUGUCUCGUCUGUAAAGAUUCAAAGAUACACAACAACCACAGAUUCAGACCCAUCGAUGAAGCUGCACAGGAUCACAGAGAGGAGGUUCAGAAAUCCCUGAAGCCUUUACAAGAGAAACUGAAGCUGUUUGAACAAGUUAAAGGAAACUGUGAUCAAACAGCAGAACACAUUAAGGUCCAGGUCCAACACACAGAGAGGCAGAUUAAGGAGCAGUUUAAGAAGUUUCAUCAGUUUCUACAAGAGGAAGAGGAGGCCAGGAUCACUGCUCUGAGGGAGGAAGAGGAGCUGAAGAGUCAGAUGAUGAAGGAGAAGAUUGAGGCUCUGAGCAGAGAAAUAGCAGCUCUUUCACACACAAUCAGAGCCACAGAGGAGGAGCUGAGAGCUGAAGACGUCUCAUUCCUGCUCAACUACAAGGCUGCAGUGAAAAGAGUCCAGCAGCGCCCCCUGCUGGUUGAUCCACAGCUGGUCUCAGGAGCUCUGAUAGACAUGGCCAAACACCUGGGCAACCUGACCUUCAACAUCUGGAACAAGAUGAAGGAGAUGGUCUCCUACACUCCUGUGAUUCUGGACCCAAACUCUGCUCAUCCAGAACUCAUCCUGUCUGAGGAUCUGACCAGUGUGAGAUGUGCAGAGAAACAGAAGCUUCCUGACAAUCCAGAGAGGAUUGAUUAUCAUAAAAUUGUCCUGGGCUCAGAGGGAUUUAACUCAGGGACUCACAGCUGGGAUGUUGAGGUUAGAAAUGAUAAACUCUGGGGCCUGGGUGUGAUGAAAGAGUCUGCUCAAAAGAAGGGACAAAUACCAACUGGAUACUGGCAAAUUCUUUUCUGUGAUGGAAAAUACACAGCAGUCUCACCACCACUUCCAAGUAAAGUUCUCACAGUGAAGAAGAAGCUCCAGAGGGUCAGAGUUCAUCUGGACUUUGACAGAGGAAAACUGUUGUUCUAUGAUCUUGAUACUAACACACAAAUACACACCUUCAAACACACUUUCACUGAGAAACUGUUUCCAUACAUUGGAAACCACAAUGAACUCCCACUGAAGAUCUUACCAAUGACAGCCUCUGUAAAUGUGAAAUAGCACAAAAUCCCUGUAUCAACAGGCUUAUGGCCUGGUUUUUAAAUUAGCUAAGCAUGCUAUAUAAUAUCAUUAUCAGGUUAAUUAACGCUACUACUUGUAUGUUGGUGAUUCUCUAAGAUGUGCUUUUGAUGAAAAAACGGUCAUCUGAGUUUUUAUCUGUUUGUUCACAUUUUAAACACAGUAUAAAUAUCUGUAUAAGAAUGAAUAGAGGAGAGUGUCAGUGUGUUUUCAGUUAGUUUUCUCUAAAAAUGUACUGAUAGUGUCAAAUGAAAAAAGACAGAUUUCUAUGAAUUUUGUCACUUAUUGUUUUUCUUAUUCUGGGAAGAUGGUGAUAAUGAUGCUUGUGGUGGAGAGGGCAUGAUUAUGAUAAUGUUCUUCCUUACAUUCCUGAUUUUGUAAACAUCACCCUGCUGAUUUAUUGGUCUGGCUACACUUGGUCUUUUUGGGGGGAGGAAUAUGAUUGUUUUGGCUUCUGAAGGGGGACAUGUCAGAAAAAGUUAAAACUUACUAUAAAUAACUAUGCAUGGAAAAGCAGAUGAAUUAUUUUAAAUGUAAACUGUAUAUUAUUGGUUGUUAUUCUAGUAGUUUGAUGACUCU